AUGGUGCUGUAUAGAACCUCUGAUGCUUUGAUGUGCAGAGCGUUUCCCACCACUCUGAGAGGUCCGGCCCGCGCGUGGUACAGCGGCCUGAAGACCGGGACGAUCGCCUCCUUUGACCAGCUCGUCAAGGACUUCGAACUCAACUUUUUGGCCUACGCCCGGACGAAACCUUCUGUAACGCUGCUCCUCGGACUCAACCAGAGGGAGGAUGAGCCCCUCUCCCACUUUGUAAAUCGUUUUGCAACACAAAUCCGGGGAUUACCGGACGCUCAUCCCUCUCUAUUGAUGCAGACGUUUAUGAUAGGCCUGCGACCUUCCAGGUUCUUCUGGUCCCUCGUGGAGCGAUCCCCCACCGCGAUGCAUGAGAUGCUUCAACGCGCAAACCAGUUCAUCGCGACCGAGGCUUGGAUAGCCGGGAAGCGGGAGGAGCACAAGAGGGCUAGGCCGGAGUCGGCUCGGGGACAACCGUCCGCCGCACUAAGGCGUAGGAUGGACCGACCUGACCCGCCGGUGCUGAGGACUGUUAGGAUCGGAGCGGCACUAAGAGGGGGGGGGGGGGGGGGGGGGUGA